AUGAAAUCCAGGGAUUUUCAUAAUGGACGCUCCGGUGACGUCUACCGUGAGAUACCGCGGUGGUGCCUAAGAAAAAUCCCACUUCUGAGCAGGGAGGAAGUUGAGUCCAUUGUGCACAUGUACGACGACAACACGGGGGAGAGUGAGGCGAUGAAUGAAGCGACACAUAGUACAGAAGCAACAGCAACAAGACCAACGGCUGUCUCGAAUACGACAAGGCAAGAUAGUUGUCUUCAAUUACGCUUAGCGGGGCUGCCAAUGUUUCUGCAGACAGAGGCGCUUGUUCUCCGUCGUCACGAGCAACAGUAUCGGCAGUACAUGAAGGAGCUCAUUGACCUAUCGGAGUGCAUAACAAUGGUGUGCGAUGGCACCCUGCGGCAUCCGUCGCCCAACUCGGCCUCCCAUGUUGCGGAGGACUCACCGGCGGCCCGUCGCAAGAAGGAUGACGCCCUGCAGCGAAUGUUCCGCCGCGCAGAAGAAGUCGAAGUAUGUGCUCGCAAAGCAGCGGUCGAUCGAGUGCGGAGUGCGCAGCGGAUGCUGUUGGCUGCAGCCGUUGCAAAGCACAAGAAGAGGGCGAGGCGAGAGAAGGCGCACGAGGAAGAAGAAGAGGCGUUGCGGGUCCGCAGACGGCGCCUGUGA